GAAGAAACUACAAAAACGUCCACUUUUUUUUGUUAUCCGAGUGAGGAUAAAAUCAUGGAUAAUCGAUGAUUUGCUGAACAAGACGUUGACAAUAUCUGCCAACACAUUUUUUUCCCCCAAAUUAUCUCGUUUGCCGCCUCGCAUGAAGUGAAUGAGAAAAGUGUGGAUGGAACAUGUCGCGAAUGAUUUGAAAAUCGGCCUUUUUCUCGGUUCGUCAAUUAGACGCUGGCCGAUGUUUUGUUUCGCGUAAAGAGGAACCUAUCAGUGACGUCAAAGCGUUUCCGCGUUUCGGGCCAAUCGGUGCGCGCUCCUCGGUGUUGCAAUUGACUGACAGCCACGGCAGCCAAUCACAGGCCGCAUCACGGUUGAACCUUCGUCAAGGGCGGGGCGAUGCGCGCUCGUAGCCAUAGCGGAGCAAAAUGGCGGCCGUGGCCACCGAGCCAGGAGCUACGGCGAUUCGAACAACGGCGACCAACGACGACGGCUCUCCGGAACCGAGCACCAGCGGCGGCUCGGGGCACACGCUCGUCUCGCAGGGGCCCGAAGGAGCGCCGGAGUCCGAGCUGGCCGCGGAGCUGUGUAGCCCUCGGUCGGGAGACGGUGAGGACGGGGAGGAGCGCCGCCAUGUCGAGCCAGAGCCCUCGGGGGGAAAAGGCCAAGGUGAGGCCGCCACCAGCGGCCCGCUCAUCCAGAACCGAAGUGGCGCCGGUAGGGAAGCGGCUCGGAACGGCUCGGCGCAGGCGUACCGCAGCAUCCUCGAACAGCCCAAGCCUUCCUCCUCCGCCGUCUUCCUGCACUCAUUCCCAGCCGCCAGGCCCCCGCCCGGCGCCGAGGCCGGCCUGUCCCUGGCGGAGCCGGCGGAACCGACUUCGAAAGCCGCUGGCCGGGACCGGGGAUACCCGGCUUCAGUCCAACCGGAGCGGAGGCCCGCCGCUACUCAAGACGGGGAUUCGGAGACCGAACCGGCGCCGAAGCCGGACGCCGAUCCGGCCGAAGUCACCCCGUGCGCUCCGAGGCUCGGCGGAUGCGUGCAGGACCUGAGUCUCAGCCUGGGCUCAGAGGUCCCGGUCUGCUUGGACCACGUCAUCGAUGACGCGCUGGUUGUGUCGUUCCGGGUGGGCGAGAAAGUCUUCUCCGGGGUUCUGAUGGACGUUUCCAAAAGGUUCGGGCCUUACGGAAUUCCCAUCACGCUGUUUCCUCGACGCGAAGACCAGAGCCGACCUCAAAGGGUGGCGGUCCCCGCGGAGGCCGCCGCCCCCGUGGCCCCAAAGCAGGAACUGCCCAGCGAAGACGCGCCCCCUUGCCUGUGGACCGCCAAGCCGCCGCCGCUGUUCCAGGAGGGGGCGCCGUACCCGCCCCCGCUGUUCAUCAGGGACACCUACAACCAGGCGUUACCUCAGCCGCCGCCUCGGAAGAUCAAGCGGCCCAAGCGGCGCUACCGCUGCGAGGAGCCCACCUCCAUCAUGAACGCCAUCAAGCUGCGCCCCCGCCAGGUGCUGUGCGACAAGUGCAAAUGCGUCGUGGCGGCGGCCGGGCGCCGGCCGGGCCCCGUGGACCUGAGGGGCGAGGAGGCGUCGCGGCGGCGGAAGGCAGCGGACGGGCCCGUCUCGGCCGAGGUCAAGCGGCUGAGGAGCGACGACAAGAGCGGCCGCGGCGACAGACGCGGGCCGUCGGGGAUGCCGUCCUCGGGUCGCGUCCUGCGGGCCGUGUCCUCUUCCUCGUCCGUGCGGCUCAAGCUUAACUCCAAGAAGGUUCUGGCCAAAGGAACCUCGGCCGAUGGCGCCAAAACUCAACAGGUUCUCAAGAAGCUGGCGCGGAACUCGCAGCCUCCGCCGGCGCCGCUCGGUGAGAACAGGGACAGAGAGGACGGCAAGGUUGUGACGCGCACCGCCGCCCUGCAGAACCACAGCCAGAAGGUCCACUUCACCCGCCGCCUGCAGCUCGUCGGCCCCGCCUCGCACACGGCGCUGCCGCCUCGAAUGCGCCUCAAACCCCAAAGGUAUCGUACCGACGACCCUCAGGCCCACCCCGCUUCCUCCUCGCCCCCCAAACACAACGUUCGCUCGGCCACCUCAAGCCCAAACCUACCCGCGUUCGACCCCGCGCAGCCGCCCCCGCGCCUCAGUCCCGGUCUGACGCCGCCCUCUCCUUACUGUACUGCUCCGGAGGACAAGGAGGCUCCUCCUCCCCCUCCUCCUCCUCCUCCUUCAGAGACCGUAGACCUCUCCCCGCCCCUGGACCCGUCUUCCUUAGUGCCCCCCUGCCCGUCCUCCGCAGAGGCGGCGCUCGGCGACAAGGAAGGAGGUGAACUGAAACGGCGUCGCAAAUCUUCCACGUCGUCGUCCUCUUCCUCGUCGUCGACGUCGUCGUCCUCCGUCUUCUCGAAGUCGGUGUCAAAAUGUCUGCUGCCCGACGGGCGCACCGUGUGCGUGGGCGACAUCGUUUGGGCCAAAAUCUACGGCUUCCCCUGGUGGCCGGCGCGGGUGCUGGGCAUCACGGUGGCGCGGCGGUCCGGCGCCGUGUUGGCGGCGACCAGGCAGGAGGCCCGCGUGUCCUGGUUCGGCUCGCCCACCACCUCCUUCCUGCCGCUCUCGCAGCUCUCGCCCUUCCUGGAGAGCUUCCAGUUGCGCUUCGACAGGAAGCGCAAAGGCCCGUACCGCCGCGCCAUCGCCGAGGCCGCCAGCGCCGCCAAGCAGCUAACGCCCGAAGUGCGCGCGUUGCUCACGCAGUUUGAGACGUAGCGGUAGCCUGGGCCGUUCACCCCCCCCCCCACCACCACCACCGCCACCCCGGGCUUGUCCUCUUGUCCCGCGUCCUUUGCUGCGCCCCCGCCCGCCGCGCCUGUGAUAAGAUUUCCCUCCACAGCGGUUCUUUGGGAGUUGCUAGGCAGAUUUCAUCUCGAUGCCAAGCCGGCGUUUCCAAACCUCGAAAUUAGCUCAAGCGAACGUUUGAGUUUCGAAAAGAUCGACUGCAUGAAACUCUCUCGAAAGGUUAUUGCCGUAAUUUCAGGCCUCCAGAGUGCGGCGCUAAUGCUAGUGCAGCACUAAAGCUAGGGUGGCGCUAACAGGGCCCGUUUAAAAAAAAAAAUAAAAAUACAUACCGGUAAAAAAAAGUCGUGACUUGUAGGCCAGAAAUUCCGAUGAGUCGCUUCUUCCAUCCGGUGAAAGAACAUUUUUGUUGUUCUACGCGUCACUCCAAUGGAGCCUUGUUAUUGGGGCUGAGGGCCUCGAUACCAGCCCAGACCGCUAAUCGUGAAAAUCUGCAAAUAAUUCAAACCCUAACACACAAUUUAACCCCCCAAAAAUUCUUGAAUUAAGAUCCCACUUCCCAAAAAACGUGCGCGGUAGAUAGCUUCGUUGAAGACUGAAUUGCCCGAAGGUGAGAAUGUGAGUGCAAUUUUUCAUUUUUAUUUUGUUUUAUUUUUGUAAACGUGCCCUGCGAUUGGCCGGCGACCCAUCCUGAACUCCCACAGUCAGCCGGGACGGGGACUGACGGGCGAGAAGCGCUAUAGAAAAUGGAUGGAUGGAUGGAUGGUUAAACCCCCGGCAGAAAAAAAAUUAUAUGUUUUUUGUUUCCACGGGAAUUCAAAAUGAAUGUGGCGUGUUUUCCAAUAUUUGGUGUCGUGCCCGCACUGGGCAAAGUUAGGAAGGGAGGACAUAAAAUGAAUAAUUUUGUAGCAACAUUGAGGCGUUCACCAAAAAAACAUAACUGCAUGGAAAUUUUUGCGGGGAUGUCGUCUAUGGAUAAUCCGGUCCAAAAUCCCGUUCGAAUGAGAUCAGGUCUUUGGACUGGAUUUUCUCCUGACAGUCGUACACAAAAACAUUCAUCAAAAUUAGUUAGUUCACCCCAAAAAUAAUAAUUCUCAUAAAAAUUUACCCACAACCCGUCUUCUGAUCAUGAAAGUUGCUCUUAAGAUUUCCUGAGCCGAGGCGAGAAAAAAAAAAUUAGCCAACACGAGUAUCAAAUGUCAAAAGCAAUUAUAUCAAAUAAUAUUUUAUAUUGAAACAAAUAUUGUAAACAAACUCGCCACUGAACUAAAAUGUGAAACAAAAGCGAAUGCAGAAUUAUUCUGCCAUCUAGUGGAAGUGCAUUUUAUUGUUCUCCCCGUCACAAAAACGUCACUGGCGGAGCUUGUGCAAUAAACAUAUUUUUUUUUUUUUUUUUUUUUUUUUUUUUGUGUGUGUAUAACAUUAUUCAGAUAUAUGAAAUGAAAUUGUAUGUUGGGUUGUCACUAUCAAAUCUUUUUAUUUUCGAUCAUUCCAUCAGUAACUCAAACGAUCUGCUAAAAAUGUUGCACAAUCUUUCCCGUGACUGUUUAUUAAGCGAUUGUGGUCGGCUAUCUCACAUUGCCGAGUGAUCCAUCCAUUUUCCAGUGCCGCUUAUCCUCAGGAGGGUCACGGGAGCGGCGGAGCCUCGGGAUUGAUUAUUGACGAUCGAAUAAAUUGUCAAUCGAUCCAAAUUUCAUUGUACAGUUAUUUUUUUUAUGAUGACAAUAAAUGUCAUUUGGCUCCGUUGUUGGGAAGCGCUGCGCUAAAAGCUAAGCUAGCCAGGGCGGCGAAAACUUUUUUUUUUCAUUAUUAUUAUUAUUUUUUUUUGUAGUGCGUUUGCCGUGAGCGUUUUAAUUUAUUCAUAAUUUGUGCACGCGUGUGUCGCCGCGGAGACGAAGAACUGAAUCAAAGCUGUGAAAAUGUUCUCCAAACCGAGGUCAGGGGGCCCGAAGCGGUCCGAGUCGUUCGCGCGCGUCGUCAGUACCAAAUCGGCACGGCGGCCACCCUUAGCUGACCCCCCCCCCACCCCAAUUUUCUCCUCCACCUCCGAUGAUGAUGGUGUUGAUGAUGGUGACGGUGUAUUUUCCCCCUCUGUUAGUCUCCUGCUCCAUUUUCGGACUUUUUUUUUUUUUUUUUUCCAGCCUGUUUGCAGAUCAGAGAUUCUGAACAAAAACAAGUUUGUGUAAAUGUUAUUUUUUUUCCUCUCUCUGAUGUUUCAAAACCUUAAAUAAAAAUUUCUCUUGGAAUUGUGGUUGAAUUUGAGCUUUUUUUCCCCCCUUCCGCCGCCACGACUGCGCUCGCGAGACUCGCAGCAUUUUUUUUUUUAUUUUAAAUUUUUUUCUUGGAUUUUCUUACCUGCAAACAGUGUUUUUGAAGCAAGCGAGCAGAGUGGGAAAAUACUAGUAGCGCUGUAGCGUGGCUCCACUAGCACGCCGUCAAUCCGUAUUGGGGGGAGCAAAAUUCAACAAGCGGUCCAAACGCACGCUAGGAGAUGGCGCCACCAAGUGGCCUUAAUUCAAUGGGUGCUACGCUCAUGUAUGUGUACUAGUACACUUUAUGUCCACACUCCUAAAACUGACUUUUUACCACACGACUGUACGAUACACCUGUAGAACAACUAAGUUACACUAGUACUAAAGCUACAUAUUGUUGAAAUCAAAGUGCACUAGUUGAGAAUUACACGCUAGUUGUACUGCAAAAAAAAAAAUACUGAACACGUAGCAAGUCAGUUUACGGAAGCGUA